CCCAGAAGGGGAAAGGCCUCCGAAAGAGGAACAAGCCAGGAGGAGGCGCAACGGAACCGCGAGAAGCGCCACCAACGAAACGAAUUCCCCCCCACUCCAAAAACGAGCACCAAAUCCACAACGCACGCAUUCCUCCCCUCGCGCGCUCUCCUCGUCGCAGCGCGCCUCGCGCUUCCCCUCCUCGCCGUCUGGAGUCCGCGCGGGCGGCGGGCCGGACCGGAUCCCGCUCCAUGGCGGAGGGCUUCGGCCGGUGGGAGUCGGAUCCGCUCUUCCCCGCCGCCGAGUGCGUGCAGGACUCCGCCGACAGGAUGGAGGGUGUCUACCGCCUGCUCCUGCAUGAAAGGAAAGUUAUGCAGGAUGGUACUUCAGAUGCAAAGUUUCAUGCUCCGAUGCAGUAUGAGAGAGAUGUGAUUACUGCUCUUGGAACUACCAAAUGGCAGCUGGAGCAAUUUGAGAGGGAGGUAAAUGCAGCUGCAUUCUCUGACAAGUCAAAGUCAAGAGAAAAUGCAAUCUUAAAAUUUAGACAAUUCAUUAGAGCUAUAGCGGAGCAGAUUUCUCAGGUGGAAGAAAGUUUGGAGGAUCUUAGCCUCAGUUCUAAUAGAACUCCAAAACAUUUAUACUCGAGUGAAUAUGAUGGAGAUGGAUUGGCAUCCUUUCUUUCUGGUACCAGCAAGGAUGACCAUGUGUAUAAUUCCACUGGUACAGAUGAAAUUGUUGAGCUUAAGCUCGACCAUGUACCUUUGGUAAAUGGCUAUCAUUCCACCCAAGAACAUAGAGCAUAUGAACACAGGAAUUCAGAAAAAGAUGUGGAGGGAGCAGGCAAGCUUAAAUCUUCAUGUGGAGAAAAUGCAUGUGAAGGGGGUCAUAACAAUAGUAGUAUGUAUAGUUUGGACACUGAUGAUUCUGUAGGUAGGAGGCUCUUCGACAAAAACAAACUCAGUAGGCAAUACCGUAGCUUUAUAAGAAACUUAUGGUUUACAAAGCGGUCUCGUGAAAGCUUUACAAAGAGGAGGAAGGAUGGAGAAGAUAUGGAUAGCUUGAGAAAUGGAAACACACUACCUUCCUUCAAUAUACCUCAGUCUGGAAGGGUUAUGUAUUUCUGGCCAGAGGUCAUCAAGAGGAGAUUAAGUAGAUCUGAGUAUUUUACAGAUCGUAAUCGUCCUCAGAUUCGUUUGGUGACAGCAGUACUAUUUGCACUAGCUAUUCUCUGCUUGCUGGUAUCCCAUGUGAGGUGACUGUGAAUCCAGUUUUGGUUGCUGUUAUGUUAUGUAUGUAUUACCGCGGUCCAUGGUGUACUCUACCAAUCAUAUGCUGUGCUGUGUGAUGGUUUCUGAUGGAGAAGGAUCCAUAAUUCUUUUGAAGCCAUCUCAAUGCUGUGCUCCAAAUUGUCAUGUCAUGCAGACAAAGGUUUUUCUUUACAAGAGCAGACACAGGUUUGAAAAAAAAAAUCUUUGUGCAGUUGAUAGAUGUGGUCGCUUGUGAUUAGCGUGACCUGUCAUCAACACUUGAAAAAAAAACACUAAUCCAUGUCUUUUAUAAACUGUGCGACAUGAUCUAUUGUAGUGUUCACUCGUACUCGUCCUACUGGUAUAACUAAAGGUUGCCAGAUCAGCGAGAUUGAAUUUGGAGUGUAGAUUUUAUGGGGAGCAAUUUCCUUGUGUAUUAUUUUGAUAUGGAAGGGAAGGCUGAAUUGAAUCAAAAUGAUUCAGUGUGUUGUACCUGGUUUGUACGUUGUAACUGCCCCCACCUGGGAUAUUGUAUUAAAUUCGGUUUCUUAUGGACCUGGAA